AUGCGCAUAACGUAUAUGGAUACCAUUCUUUUGGUUAUCGUUCUUAUUUCACAGACGGCAAGCAUUAGGUUUUACGUGCCACCGAAUGGUAAGAAAUGUUUGAAGGAAGAAAUACACAAGAACGUGGUUGUCACUGGGUCAUACGAAUUUGCCGAUACCACGGGCCAUAUUAGUUCUGUUCAUGUAACAGAUACUAGAAGUCACACAUUAUAUCAGCGGGAACGUUUCACUGAAACAAGUGGCAAGUUUGCAUUCACAGCUGACGAAUAUGAUAUCUUUGAAAUAUGCUUCAGUACACAUCUCCCACCAAAUGUUCGAGGUGGGAAUCGUGAAGUUUACUUGGAGAUGAAACGAGGCGUAGAAGCAAAAAAUUACGACGCAGUUGCCGAGGCAGAACAACUUAAACCAUUAGAAGUUGAAUUAAGGCGUUUGGAGGAUUUAUCCGAUUCAAUUGUUCAAGAUUUUGCUUAUAUGAGGCAAAGGGAAGAGGAGAUGAGAUCCACUAACGAAUCAACAAACAGUCGAGUAUUGUAUUUGAGUAUAUUUUCGAUGUUGUGCCUUCUCAGUUUGGCCAUCUGGCAGGUGCUAUAUCUUCGUCGAUAUUUCAAAGCCAAGAAACUGAUCGACUAG